UGACACGCGUCACGUGACUGUCGGUCUCGAGUGCGCGACGCCCGGUUGACGCGCACGCGCACGGGCUACAACUGAGCGAGGAUAGCCUGUUAGCUUCAACUGUACUUGACGGCCGAGAUGAGUUUCCUGGGGGGUCUGUUCGGGCCAGUGUGUGAGAUUGAUAUCCUGCUCAACGAUGCAGAGAGCCGGAAGACGGCGGAACUCAAGACAGAAGAUGGAAAGAUGGAGAAACAUUAUAUGUUCUAUGACGGGGAAUCUGUAUCUGGCAAGGUGAAUCUAACUGUGAAGCAGGGAGCAAAAAGACUCGAGCACCAGGGCAUCCGCAUCGAGUUUGUCGGACAGAUCGAGCUGUUUUCAGACAAAAGCAACACACACGAGUUUGUGGAUCUGGUGAAAGAAUUGGCAUUGCCGGGAGAGCUCACCCAGAACAGAAGCUACGACUUUGAGUUCAUGCAGGUGGAGAAGCCCUACGAGUCGUACAUCGGCGCUAACGUCAGGCUAAGGUAUUUUCUGAGGGUGACAAUAGUCCGUCGGCUGUCGGAUCUGGUGAAGGAGUACGAACUGAUAGUCCACCAGCUAGCCACCUACCCGGAUAUCAACAACUCUAUCAAGAUGGAGGUCGGAAUAGAAGACUGCCUUCACAUUGAGUUUGAAUACAAUAAAUCCAAGUACCAUCUAAAGGAUGUCAUUGUUGGGAAGAUCUACUUCUUAUUGGUUAGGAUCAAGAUCCAACAUAUGGAGCUGCAGCUCAUCAAGAAGGAGGUCACAGGCAUAGGUCCCAGCACAACCACGGAGACAGAUACGGUUGCAAAGUAUGAGAUCAUGGAUGGAGCCCCUGUUAAAGGCGAAUCAAUCCCCAUCAGACUCUUUCUGGCAGGGUACGACUUAACAGUCACCAUGCGGGACGUCAACAAGAAGUUCUCUGUACGCUACUUCCUCAAUCUGGUUUUAGUGGACGAAGAAGAUAGAAGAUACUUCAAGCAGCAGGAGAUUGUUUUGUGGAGGAAAGCCCCAGAGAAGAUGAGAAAACGAAACUUCCUCCAGCGUUACGAGUCCCCGGAUUCCCAAACUCAAUCUGUUAAUGUGGAGCAGCCCGAGAUGUGAGGGCUCGAAAUGAAAAGAACCUUAAAAAAACACGCACGCACACGCACACACACUAACAGGACUCUUCACUCGAGAGCAGUCAGCGGUGUGACAGCUGCCCGCUUGAAGUGCAUACACGAAUGCGCACUUGACGACAUCUCCUGUCACCUCAGCUUCAAACGUGAGCUCUCCUUCCACCACACGCUUGUUUGGACACAGGCGCACACAAUCUGCUGAAUGCCUGACGUCAUGACGACAACAAAGACAGCAACUGCUUGUAGCUUCUUUGCUAACAGGGGUUUCAUUUGCUUGCAUCACCUAGUCGGGAACCAUCCACUACUAUGAUAUGCUGGUGUUCUUAUCUGACGGAUACAUGUACUUUGUGCUUCCUGACUGCUUUGUGACUUGCCAACCACCGUGCGUGACACUACAGCACUCUCUGUGAGCCAUCUUAUAGGGAGACACCGACACUAGUAAAUAUCUUGCUCAAAGAAAAGCUGCUCCCCAGAAAUGUCACCUGUGUUCAGAGCUGAGAAACAAAUGCCCAUCAUUGUUUUUUUUUUAAUCCUGUAAUUUGUUUCCAGUUUUUGAGUUUUCAGAUUGGAGAGCAGCAUGAUCUUUCUGAUAACGGUUCUUUAUAGAUGAAUACAUAACAUGAUGCGGUUUCCACAGUUUGGCUUGAUGUCUGGAGUUAUGACAGAUUAUCCACCAUUUAUAAAGUCCAUUAGUAAUCUCGGGGGCAUUUUUGGUAUGCAUCUGCUCGCAUCUAGACAUACAUGGCAGUUUUAGUUGCAUGUCGGCCAAAUGUUUUCCGUUAAUAACAUUCAGUGUAAUAAUUCUGCUCAAGUCAGCUGUUGCAAGCACUCUAUAAAUACACAACUAUAUUUCACUGUGAUGCUUUCAUUUCAACAUUUGAACGGUUGUAUGAUGUCAGCAAACCCAUUUGAUGGGGAAUUAGCCCAUAAGCUCUGUGUUGCACAAAGGUGCUAAAAUGUCCACUUUAUCUGGUAUGAGAAACUCAAUUGCCAUUUAUAUGCUGUAUUACAUGUUUUAAUUGGAACUAUGCGUUUGUCUUCUCAUGUGCAAUGUCAUGACUCCACAAGUUUCAUAAAGUUUGAAACACUCA